UCUAGUUACAUAUUUCUUCGUAUCACGGAACAUACUCUCUUCUGGUUUCUCUCUCUCUCUCUCUCUCUGUCUCAGAAAUCCACCUUGUGAUGGUGCCCUAGAUCCAUGGCUUCUCUGUCCAACCUUUGCAUGUGUUUCACUGUUGCUGAGUUUCAAGGCUACCGUUUUUCCUCUCUUCCCUCUCUGGGUCCUGGGAAACCCUUUGGUGGGUCCCACAUUCACAACUUUGCAAACUCACUUCCACCCAAAAGCUUGUAACUUGUGAACACCCUUCCAGUUAGUAUUUCACGCUCUCUUAGUUCCAAAUUUGGAAUCUUUGAUGCUUCCCCGUUCAUAAAUAACUGGUAUUUCAUUGGAUAAAUCAUUCCACUGAGUAAAAAAGUGUUUUUUUUGUUGUUUUAUUUUUACUAUUUUGAAGAUUUCCGAGGUUUGGUUUGUGGAAUUUCAGGUUGUAAACUGUUUGGUCAGGUUAUUGAGUUUUUUUGGAUGGAGUGAUCUGAGAUCACAUUUGGGGUUUUGUGAAUAUUGGGUUACUGUUGUAAUUAUUGUUACUUUUACAAUUUGUGUGUCUCCGUGUGUUUGUGGUCUAUGGUGAGUGAAGUGAAGAGGAGGAUGCUAAGAUAGUAUUGUGGGAAUGUAAUUGAAGGGGUGAGGACUGAGAAACAUUGAGAUUGAAACUUAGUGUUUGUGAAAGGGGGUUGUUUGUUGAGCAUAAUGGGUGGUGUCUGUUGCAAGCCCUCUGCCAUUGAGGAUAGCAAGGAGAGUCCAAGGGAGCGUAUGUCGACCAAGUCGGCUUCGUUGGACUCUUGUGUGCCGAGGGGUGCUUCGUUGAGGAGGGAGGAUGCAUAUAGGGUGAAAGAUAGGUAUGAUGGUAAUAAUGUGAGGACUGCUUUGAUUGAUAAGCAAGGGAACGGUUCUGUGCGGUUGCAAAGUGAAAAUGUUGAGAGGAAGAGGGAGAGAAUGGAGUGUGUUGUUGCUGCUCAACAACAUCCGGGGGCUGGUAGUGUUCCCAAGGCCUUGGAAGGGGAGCAGGUUGCAGCUGGAUGGCCAUCCUGGCUGGCAGCAGUGGCUGGAGAGGCUAUCAAGGGAUGGUUGCCGCGCCGUGCCGAUUCGUUCGAGAAGUUGGAUAAAAUUGGACAGGGAACUUAUAGUAAUGUUUAUAGGGCUCGUGAUCUUGAGCAAAAGAAAAUUGUUGCUUUGAAAAAAGUGAGGUUUGAUAAUCUUGAGCCAGAGAGUGUUCGCUUCAUGGCAAGGGAAAUUCACAUUCUACGUAGGCUUGAUCAUCCAAAUGUCAUAAAACUGGAAGGUCUUGUCACAUCAAGGAUGUCUUGCAGCUUAUACCUAGUUUUUGAAUACAUGGAGCAUGAUUUGGCUGGGCUUGCAUCACAUCCUAAACUGAAGUUUACUGAAGCACAGGUAAAAUGUUACAUGCAGCAACUUUUACGAGGACUUGAACACUGCCACAACUGUGGUGUGCUGCACCGUGACAUUAAGGGUUCGAACCUUUUGAUUGACAACAAUGGCAUCUUGAAGAUUGCAGACUUUGGUUUGGCAAGUGUUUUUGAUCCAAAUCGAACACAGCCUCUGACAAGCCGAGUUGUCACUCUUUGGUAUCGCCCACCAGAGCUUUUACUGGGUGCCACAUACUAUGGCACUGCUGUAGAUUUAUGGAGUACAGGCUGUAUACUUGCUGAGUUGUAUGCUGGCAAACCUAUAAUGCCUGGAAGAACUGAGGUGGAGCAGUUACAUAAAAUUUUUAAACUGUGUGGUUCACCUUCUGAGGAUUAUUGGAGAAAAUCAAAGUUGCCACAUGCAACAAUAUUUAAGCCCCAACAACCCUAUAGGCGUUGUGUUGCUGACACAUUCAAGGAUUUCGCUGCACCUGCUUUAGCACUCAUGGAGACUCUUUUGUCCAUAGAUCCUGCUGAUCGUGGAACUGCAGCAUCUGCUUUGAAGAGUGAGUUCUUUACAACAAAGCCUCUACCUUGUGAUCCUUCAAGUUUGCCAAAGUAUCCUCCUAGCAAAGAAUUUGAUGCCAAACUUCGGGAUGAACAAGCAAGAAGCAGGCAGGGUGCAACAGGAAGCAAGGGCCAGAGACAUGAUCUUGAAAGAAGAGGGGCAAGAGAAUCUCGAGCUGUUCCUGCACCUGAUGCCAAUGCUGAACUGCCACUGUCAAUGCAGAAGAGACAAAGUCAGGCUCAAUCAAAAAGCAGAAGUGAGAAGUUUAAUCCUCAUCUUGAAGAAGCUUCUGGAUUUCCCAUCGAUCCCCCCAGACCGUCACAAGCUGUAGAAGUAGGUAUAGAACCUCAGGUACCGCAGCAUAAAAGAGCCUCCCAUUCGGGUCCGCUGGCUCACCGAACUGCAUGGGGUAAAGCUGGGAAGAACCAGGAUGAUGCUCCAAAGAUUUCAGUCGGGGGCGAUCUAUCAACAAUCUCAGGCUUAGUUGCAGCUAGGAGUAUGUUGUCAGAUGAUCGCAGAGAAAGAUCUGGAUCGUCACAAAUGGAGGCAUCAAAAUUGAUGAACAGGUUCCCAGGAUCAUUCAAGGACAUCUCUGAAUUGUUGAUAAAACAGGAUCAAAGGCAUCAUGUACCGGGCCAAGUAGGCACUUCCCAAAAGGAAGAAGGGAGAAGCAGCAACAAAGACCUUGUUCUUGUUGGUUAUGGAUCAAAGGGUCAUAAAAUUCAUUACUCUGGUCCAUUAACAUCAAGCAACAUGGAUCAGGUGUUGAAAGACCAUGACUGCCAAAUUCAAGAGGCGGUUAGACGGGCACGUUUGGAUAAGGCAAAAAUGAGAAGGCUCCAAGCUGAAGGGAACCAGAUAACCAAUUCAUUAUUUGUUUCAGGCCGUUGAUUUGUAGAGUUGUUGAGAUGCAACAAGGCAUCAUAAAGGAUCUUUAAUUCUUUUUUAAUGGGGGGCCUGUAUAGGGAGAAAGUAUCCUUUGCAAAAUGCCCUGGUGGCCGUGUUAGGUAACUCUAUAGCUUAGAAAAGCUCUCCCUUAAAAUUUAUCACAUAUUUUCUUUCUACUUACCGCUGUAAUUUCUGGCAUAAGCCCAUUCUUGUAAAUCUUAUCAGCCUUAAGCUGUUAGAAAUCUGGGGAACAAUUGUGUCAUGAGAGUUAAUAAUAUUCACUCGGAAGAUGCCUGAGUAUAUGCUUUGUUCUGUGUCUUCUCUCA